UUUUUAAUUCAUGACCAAACUGGCCGAAGAUCGAAGAGGUAAUUUGUAAUCCAAGAACUGGCACCAUGACCGGUCGCUUCCAUCUAGCCCCAGUCCUCGUGGCUGUGCUUGUGGCAUGGGCAUUCCUGCUCCGGCCAACGGUGGCGGCCACUGACAUCGGGCAUCAAGCAGACCGCAUCGGCCGGCUGCCCGGCCAGCCGGCCGUGGACUUCCCGAUGUACUCUGGGUACGUCAUCGUCGACGAGCACGCUGGCCGAGCACUCUUCUAUUGGCUCCAGGAAGUGCCCCCUGAGUCCCAGCCGGCGGCGCUGGUGCUGUGGUUGAACGGCGGGCCAGGGUGCUCGUCGGUGGCGUACGGCGCGUCGGAGGAGCUCGGCGCGUUCCGCAUCCGGCCAGACGGCGCGACGCUCUUCCUCAACGAGUUCCGGUGGAACAGAGCGGCGAACAUCCUGUUCUUGGACUCGCCGGCCGGCGUGGGGUUCUCGUACACCAACACCACCUCCGAUCUCUACAACUCCGGCGACAGGAGAACAGCGCAUGAUUCCUACACCUUUCUGGUGAAAUGGUUGGAGAGGUUCCCAAAGUACAAGUACCGCGAUUUCUACAUUGCCGGGGAGAGUUACGCAGGGCACUACGUUCCCGAACUGUCCCAGCUGGUGUACCGGCACAACAAAGGCGUCAAGAAACCACUCAUAAACUUCAAAGGCUUCAUGGUCGGGAACGCGGUGACGGACGACUACCACGACCAGGUGGGCACGUUCGAGUCGUGGUGGAACCACGGGCUCAUCUCCGACGCCACGUACCGGCAGCUGGAGGCCGCCUGCGUGCACGGCAGCAUCGAGCACACGUCCCCGCCGUGCGACGCCGCGUACGACGCGGCCGCGGCGGAGCAGGGCCGCAUCGACCCGUACAGCCUCUACACGCCCACAUGCAACCAGACGUCGCCGUUGAGCCGCCGGAGGCUCAUCAAGGGCCGUUACCCCUGGAUGAUGGGUUCUUAUGACCCGUGCACCGAAAGGCACUCCACGGUGUACUACAACCGGCCGGAGGUGCAACGGGCUCUCCACGCUAACGUCACCGGCAUCAACUACACAUGGACGACCUGCAGUGAAGCCAUCAGCACCAACUGGAGAGAUUCGCCGAAAUCAAUGCUUCCUAUCUAUAAGGAGCUUGUUGCAGCUGGCCUCAGGAUAUGGGUCUUCAGCGGAGAUACAGACUCAGUAGUCCCUCUGACAGCAACAAGAUACUCCAUCGCCGCUCUGGGCCUUCCCACUGUUGUUAGUUGGUACCCGUGGUAUGAUAAGAAAGAGGUUGGUGGAUGGAGCCAAGUGUACAAGGGGCUGACCUUGGUGACCGUUCGAGGGGCAGGGCAUGAGGUUCCUCUCCACCGCCCAAGACAGGCGCUCAUACUGUUUCAACACUUCUUGCGUGGGAAACCCAUGCCUAAAAAUGGAACUGCUGUGUAGUGUCCAUUUAUUUUUCAUACAAUGAAUGAGAUGAAAUAUCACAACGCGUGUAAGGGGAUAAAGAAAGAAAUGAAUAAUACAGUCGCUUUGUGAACUUUA